GACAUGAAAGAAAGUUCUGGAUCUGAAACUUACCGUAAAUCAGAUUCUAUUAAAGGUAGCAAUUGGAAAUUAAACUUGAGUACAAGUCAAUUAUCUGCUCAACAUAAAUCAAGUAAUAAAAUGAUUGAUCCAAAUGAAUCAUUACAUUUAUUAGCAGCAAAUAAUUCAAAACUUGGGACCCCUUCUGGUGCUUCAAUUGCUGAUUAUUUAAGCAAACGUUUACGUUCAAACUUACAAAAACACGAAAAUGAAAUGCGCAAAUUAAAACAACUUAAAGAAACUGUAUCCGAUGAAAUAUUAUUUAACGAAAAAUAUUUUAAAACACAACACCUACCCUCAGUAAAUCCACAAAGCUCAUACGGUUUGGAAGAUGAAGCAGUUAACGAAGAUCCCUACUAUAAUGCUUUAAUGCAACGGGAUGUACAAAUCGUUGCAAAACCAUUUACAAUACGUCAAUCGUCUUGUUAUGCAUGCUUAAAUAAAUUUCGCUGUAAAAAUGUGAUUCCUAAAAUACCAACAUUAAUGGCUUCAAAACCAUCGAAUUGGUUCGAAUCAGCCAAAACUCAUGUUAACUAUUAUAACUGUCCUAGCGAUGUGUUAUUUUUGAAUAAUAAUAUUUCCUAUCAAAGUACGGAUGCGAUUAAUCGGAUUUUAAACAAUUUUAUCCAUGACACUGAGAAUAAAGGUUUUGGAAUGUAUGAUGAAGAACCUGUGUUAACAACGAUUGUGAAGAAACAUGAAGAUUCUCCACCACCUACUAAACGUACCUUACAUGGUGGAAGAAUCGCUGCUGGUGGAACAAGCCCUACGUUGGAUACUUCAUCGGUCGCAGACGAUGGAGUAUAUUGUUUUCCAACACAAUCUGUGUACUCGGAUCAAACAUUCUUUCGUAAUUCAGCGUGGCCAUUAAAAUUAUUAAAUGAUAAUGAAUUGUAUACAAUGGUUUUUAAAGAUGUCAAUUUAAAGAAGUUGGAGGAAAGAAUUGCAAAAAUUGAAGUGAAAAAACGUUUAGAUAAGUUUUUGAAUUCACCAUAA